AUGGGACAUAAAGUGGUCGUAUUUGAUAUUUCUGUCAUCAGAGGCUUGUGGGAAACUCGAGUUAAGAAGCACAAAGCUUGGCAGAAAAAGGAGGCAGAAAGGCUCGAGAAAAGCGCCUUGGAAAAGAUAAAGGAAGAGUGGAAUUUCGUGUCCGAGUGUAGGAGGAAAGGCGUCCCCCAAGCCGAAUACUGCAAGAAUGGUUUCGUAGACACCGGCGUGAGGCUUCUGGAAAAAAUCGAAAGGAAUUCUCUCACCAGGCAGAGAGACAGGAAGAGUAACCCCUUCGUGUUUGAACUCUCAGGGAAGCAGUGGAAGGAACUCCCAGAUUCCUUGAAGGAGCAGACCCACCUGAAAGAAUGGCACAUUAACAAUACCCUGAUUCAGAUCAUUCCUACCUAUAUCAAGCAGUUUAAAGCGAUGAAAAUUCUGGAUCUGCCAAAAAACCAAAUCGCAUGUCUUCCAGCAGAAAUUGGUUGUUUGAAGAACCUGAAAGAACUCAAUGUGAGUUUCAACCUUCUGAAACAGAUUCCUCCAGAACUGGGAGAUUGUGAAAAUCUGGAGAGACUGGAUUUUUCUGGAAAUCUAGAAUUAACUGAGCUUCCCUUUGAAUUAAGUAAUUUGAAGCAAGUUAUAUUCAUAGACAUCUCAGCGAACGCAUUUUCCAGUGUCCCGAUCUGUGUCCUGCGGAUGUCUAAUUUGCAGUGGUUGGAUAUCAGCAGCAAUAACCUGAAUGACCUGCCACAAGAUAUAGACAGGCUGGAGGAAUUGCAAACUUUCCUCUUGUAUAAGAACACGCUGACUUAUCUUCCUUAUGAUUUGCUGAACCUGAAGAAGCUCUCCUUGUUAGUCGUCAGUGGGGACCAUUUGGUGGAGUUCCCAACUGCCCUUUGUGAUGCAUCUACACCUCUCAAAUUUGUGAGUCUCAUGGACAAUCCCAUUGAGAACAACCAGUGCCAUGAUGGUGAUGAGGUGAUGGAAAGUGAGCAGGAUCGCCAGCAUUUUGAUAAAGAAUUUAUGAGAGCCUAUAUUGAAGAUCUUAAGGAAAGAGAAAAUGUUCCCAGCUAUACCACGAAAGUAUCUUUUAGCCUUCAGCUUUGA